UGCCGCCCUUGGGGGUCCUUCUUCGCCCCGCGGCGCGUCCGCGCCUGCGCCGUCGGGGUGACUUUGAAGGCGACGGUGGCGGCGGGAUGUUGAGCAAGUUGGUGGGGCCGCGCUACGUCCAGCUCCUUCAGAACUGGACUCCCACCCUCGUUACGUGGGGUGGUGUAGCUGGUACUGGUUUAAUAUGGGUCACAGACUGGAAGCUGGUCCUUCAGUAUGUUCCCUACAUUGGUGGCAAGUAUAAAACUGAAGACUAAGCUUCCCUCUAAUGGAAAUUUAUUGCUGGAUAGAGUGUUUUGGAGACAUCCGUCCGCUGAGACCCUGCUUUGAGGUGACCUUGAAAUGCCCAGUACAGAUUCUGCAACAGGUCCUGGUGUCCCUCUCUCUCCCACGAACAGUUGCGACCGCUCGGUUGUGAACAAAUUUAACUUCACUGACCAGCCUGCCUAGUCCUCUUCUCUGAUCACUUUCACAGCAGAUCUUGUCCUAAUGGGAGUAAUUUAUAAACCUGUUGUACAAAAUAAACCAAGUGAAUGAUA